AGAGAAAAUCUCUCUUUUCUUUUCUUCUUUUUUUUUCUCUCUUCUUUAUUACGCGAUUCACACCUGAUGUUCACACCACACCUCUACCUACAUAUAUAUUCUCUUCAUCUUUUUCUCUCUCAUCUUUUGCUUCUCUCUCUAUCCUCCAUAACCAAAACACACUCUUCAAUAGCUUUUUUCUACAUCAUUUAGAGCACGCCUUCAUCCUCUUCUAUAUUGGAUUUUUGAAUCUCUGGCUUUCUAGUUUUCGUUUUCGUUUUCAAUUUUUCAUGGAGGGUCGUGAUCUCCAUCACCAUCACCGGCAGCAGCAACAGCAACAACAACAUCAGCAGCAUCAGCAUCAGCGUCACCACUCUCACAACAUCACAACCAGUGCUAACGUGGAUGCCACGGAUAGGUUCCCCCAAUGGAGCAUCCAGGAGACAAAAGAGUUCCUCGUGAUCCGUGCGGAGCUGGAUCAGACUUUCAUGGAGACAAAGAGGAACAAACAGCUUUGGGAAGUCAUCUCCAACAGGAUGAAGGAAAAGGGUUUCCACAGAAGUGCAGAACAGUGCAAGUGCAAGUGGAAAAACCUCGUUACCCGCUAUAAGGGGUGUGAAGCGAUAGAGCCAGAGGCGAUGAGGCAGCAAUUCCCGUUUUACAAUGAGCUUCAAGGGAUUUUCGCAUCAAGGAUGCAGAGAAUGUUGUGGGCAGAAGCAGAAGGAGGGUCGAAGAAGAAGGUGGUGCAGCUUUCAUCGGAGGAUGAGGAAGAGGGAAACGAAGAGAGUGAGGGAGAUCAGAAGGGUAGCGUGAUGAAAAAGAAGAAGAAGGGGAAGAUGGUAAUAGGAGGAGGGAGUGGUAGCAGUAGAAAUAUGGAGAGUUUGAAGGAGAUCAUGGAGGAGUUCAUGAGGCAACAGAUGCAGAUGGAGGCACAGUGGAUGGAGGCGUUUGAGGCAAGGGAGAACGAGAGGAGGAUGAAGGAGAUGGAGUGGAGGCAAACCAUGGAGGCAUUGGAGAAUGAGAGGAUGAUGAUGGAUCAGAGAUGGAGAGAGAGGGAAGACCAAAGAAGGAUUAGGGAAGAACUUAGGGCUGACAAGAGAGAUGCUCUAAUCACAGCACUUCUCAACAAGCUCACAAGAGAACAGAUGUAGUAUACAUACCUCUAACUACCUUUUUUUCUCUUUCUUCUUCUCUUCGACCAAAGCUUAAAUUAAGAGGUUUGUUCUAAGAACUCUCAAUUCAUACAUCUUCCUCAUUAAUUUACAUAUCCAUACUUUAUGC